CUCCGGGCUACACUAUCCGAAGUCGGCCCCAGACUCUCUACUAGUCUUCGGACCGGGCCCCCUUCUAUAUACAAAUAUCGGCGGUCAAUAUCCGGCCUCUUUUCUUAGCCCGAACAGUGACUCCUUCGGGAUCAAGGUCGUCGACGUCCUUUCACGUGACCUCCAACCACAUGUCUCUGACACUGGACCUGGCCCGCAUCCGCGGUCUCUUGGACGAGAAUGGAGAUUUACAAAACAUCGAGAGACUUCUGAGUACCUUCCCAUCCGACUUCAGUGGCAGGAAGGGUAUGUUCUACUUCACCGUAGACUAUAACAUGGCCGUGUACUUUGCAUCCUAUGCCAAACGCAGGGCAAAUUGCGAAGCCGAGGUCAUUGUAUGCAUUGCUAGUCCUAUCCAAGCAAUUGAGUCUGAGGGAACCUGAUAUUCAAAGGAUCUGUAAAGUCCCGAAUGGCAGGCGCUUGUCUGGUUGUCACGAAACGGGAAGCGCCUAACCAGGUCUCUACGCAACAGCGUUGCUCUUCGAUCAGUUCCAUCAAUUUAAUUCAAUCAAUCAGUCAAUCAAUUUAGGCGUCUUUUUUCAUGAAUUCAAUCAGUUAAUUUACACCCUCGGA